GACACGAGUAGGUGACUGAAUAAAAUUUGGAAAGAGUGAACAAGGUAGAAGAAAGAAGGUAAAAGAGUGGAGUAAGGAUGAAGGUGAGCUGAAUAUAGAUACACCUCUAAGAAAAGGACAAUUAUCAUUUUUAAAAAAUGAACUUGGCAUUUGGGCUUUUACAGCAUAAUGAGACAGUUCAGUGCUUUUCAGAACUGAGUUUGCAUCCAGCUUUUUAUGUCUGUCAGUUUUAAACCCAAGCCUCUCUUUGCCGCCUUCUUCCUUGUCAGAGUGAAUUUUUAAAAAUACUGCGUGUCCUCCUACUCCCUCCAGCUCCAUGUGGUGCACUACAACUCUGAGCUCUACCCAAACAUGUCUGCAGCGAUGACCCAGAAAGACGGUUUGGCUGUUUUAGGAAUUCUCAUUGUGACAGGUGAGGAGACAAACCCAGCGUUUAACAACAUCCUCAACUAUCUGAGUCGCAUCAGGCACGCAGACCAGAAAGCGUUCAUCCCAGCCUUUGACGUGCAGUCUUUGCUUCCUGAGGAUCUUGGGCGAUACUAUCGAUACAACGGCUCCCUGACAACACCGCCGUGCCACCAGAGUGUUAUCUGGACCCUUUUCCAUAAAAGGGUUCAAAUCUCAGUAGCCCAGCUGCUGAAGUUGGAGAAAAUCCUUUACUCCAGUAAAGCUGAAGAACCAGACAGGAUGCUGCUGCAGGACAACUACCGUGCAACACAGCCACUCAACCACAGAGUCAUCUUCACCUCCUUUUCUGCAGAAUCGGGGAAGGAGCUCUCGUCUGGAGAAGUAACAGCCAUAGUGAUAGGAGUGAUGUGUGGCUGUGUAGGCCUGGCGGUUAUCGUUCGCUUCAUCGUGAAGACAAUACGAUUUUUUAAACUCCUCCAAUUUGAAGCAGUCGUGGUAAACAGCUCUACCUCUAGCUGGGAUGUCCUGCACAAUAACCGGCCUGCUCCUAUGCCAAGGACAAAGGAUUCAGAGAAGGAAAAAGAGGAAAAACAAGACAUGGCUAUGAACUCGACUUCAGAAGCAGAAAAGAAAGAAGAGUCCUUGCUGUCACCUCAGAGUGUGCCCUAGCUCACAGCAACAUCAAACACUGUCCCUCUCAUCAGUGAGUUUAUUGCUGAUCCACAUCUCCUCAGGGGAGAGGAAGCAACAUGUUUUUACUUUAUCAUUUACAAAACGCUAAAAGAAGAAGAAGGAGCAGCUUAUAAAAAAAGCGAAGGGACUUGGACACAGGAGAAGCCACCUGCUGCCCGGACCAUUUCUGUCUGGCGUAUGACAUUUCCUCAGUUUGCACAGGGAGCAGUUGGUGUAAAUAUGCAGUUUUGCUGGGGUUUUUUUCAGGUAUGGCUCAUGCAUGGCUGGAAUAUAUGACCGACUCAUGUAAAUACUUUGGGGGAUAAACAUUCUGUUGUUUUUAUCACAGUGGGCGGUAUUUUAUCUCGUUCACUUUGUUCUUUGAACUGUAAGCACACGUCACUUGGCACAUUAAUAAUCUUAAUUAAAAUUAUUUUAUUUUUCACUAAAACCUAAGAAUUGAAGAAAAUUUGAUAACAACGCACACGAGAGUUGAAGCAGGUUUUAUUUGUAUAAAAUACACGAUAUCUGAACAUUUCUGGCUCUGAACUGAAAUCAGCAGAUUUUGUUGUAAAUCAGUUUUAUUUAUGUGCAUUUAGUUAUUCCAUCGAGGGUUUGGGUGCUAUACGUCCUCUUUAUGUGUUUGUUUUCAGCUAACUUGUCAACAUGGACACCACAUUAAAACACCUGAAUGUCAAA